AUGUCUUACUUGGCAACCCUUGCGAUCAAGUGUGAUUUGGCACAAGAAUUAGGCUUUGAGGAACUCAUCACGAAUUUUGUUUCAAUGAAAGCUCGAAAAAUGCACUUUCAAGCUGCUUUGGAACUGUUUCAUUCAAUUUCGCUUAUCCAUCUAUCUAUCUAUCUAAAUCUGUUAAUUGUCUAUCUAUUUAUCUAUCAUUCUCAGUCUGUUCAUAUCUAUCUAUCUAUCUAUCUAUCUAUCUAUCUAUCUAUCUAUCUAUCUAAAUCUGUCACAUCUUAUAUGUUCAUUAUUAUCUCUCUUUCUCCGUCUGUUCAUUUCAUCUAUCUAUCUAUCUAUCUAUCUAUCUAUCUAUCUAUCUAUCUAUCUAAAUUCAGUCUGUCCAUAUCUAUCUAUCUAUCUAUCUAUCUAUCUAGAUUCAGUCUGUCCAUAUCUAUCUAUCUAUCUAUCUAUCUAUCUAUCUAUCUAUCUAUUCUGUUCAUAUCUAUCUAUCUAUCUAUCUAUCUAUCUAUCUAUCUAUCUAUCUAUCUAUCUAUCACUAAAAUUACGAGAGGCAAUGUUUUUUCUUCUAUCUAUCUAUCUAUCUAUCUAUCUAUCAAUUCCUAUCUAUUUCUAGAAAUACCUAUCUCUGUCCUCACCGAGAAAGCAGAAGGGAAUAUAUAUACUUUUCCCACUCUAACAUACAUUUUUACUAAUCUAUCUAUCUAUCUAUCUAUCUAUCUAUCUAUCUAUCUAUCUAUCUAUCCUUCCUUUCCUUCUUUCUUUUCCUUCUCUCAUGGCUUGAAUUUGCAGGAGACGUUAAAUAUUUCUAUCUAUCUAUCUAUCUAUCUAUCUAUCUAUCUUCAUCUAUCUAUCUAUCGUUAUCUAUCCUUUCUAUCUUUCUCUCUAUCUUUCUAUCUAUCUAUCUACUUUGAUCAUCAUUAUAUAUUUUUCCCUAUAUAUCUAUCUAUCUAUCUAUCUAUCUAUCUAUCUAUCUAUCUAUCUAUCUAUCUAUCUAUCUAUCUAUCUAUCUAUCCUUUCUGUCUUUCUCUCUGGGUUUGA